AGCAGACGAAACAAAAUGUCGUCUCUAGUAGGUCGCGGUAGUCGUAACUUUAAAAGAUUUCGACGGAAUCGACGCGACAGUUCAGAAGAUUAUGUAUCAUUGGAUUAUAAACGACCACCGAUAGAGAAUAUAAGAGAACUUUUAGAGUCUAUAGUUAAACCAAAUACCGGCAAAGUUAAGAAAUUGGGAAGUUUAAAUGCUUUGGCAAGAUUUAUUGCAAGAUUACCUGUUUACGCUUGUUUGGGAUAUUCUUUGCAUGAUAUAUUAACAUGCCUGCAGGUGGCACUAUGUCAAGAUUCGAAAGAAGUUCGAACAGCAUGUCUUAGGGCAAUAAGAUUCCUAUGCCGUAAUCCAGAGACAGUAUAUGUCAUAAUGGAAUUAAAUAUAGACUUUUUAAUAGUACGCAGUUUAGACAUUUGUCUUGAUAAUGAUAUGGAAAGAAUGCACGCUUUAAGGCUUAUAAGGAAGAUUAUGCUUACCGCUCCAACAUCUAUGCCUUCGUCCUUUGUCCGUUGCCUAAUAUCUAUUGCUAAUUACGAGGGUGUGCCAAGCCAAAAUCGGGACAAAUUUAUAAAUGUGUGCUUAGCGACAGUGUGUGAAUUAUGCUAUUUAAAUUCUCAAUUAGCAGCUUCUCAUUACGCAAUCGGGACUAUCCUUAAAGCUGCACUAGAUUGUACUGAUCCUUCGCGGAAUGAGGCACUUAUUUCGACUGUCCUCUACUUAUUAAAUAGGCCUUCUACUCGCAAGUUCAUAAUGAAUGAUGUUGAUUUGGAAUUUUUACUCGCAGCAUUCACGGAUCAUACUGUUGCUGGAUCUAGUCAAAACGAGCAUUUAGGGGAUUCUUGGGAUAAUCGCUUUAAUGGCAGCAAAUUAGCGAUUUGUACUAUUUUCAAGUCAUGGCCAGGCUUAGUUAGAUUAUGUCGGCCAAAUGGGUCAGGUUUACAAUCUUUAUUAGGAGUGCUAAGAUUACCACUAUCAGGAGUUCGCAAAGAAAUAAUUGAUAUUCUUUUUGAUGUCUUCCGCCUGCAAACGCCUAUAUGGACGCCAGAUUUUUCAAUUGCACUAUCCAGUAUUGAUAGUUCGGCUACUAAAGAAACUUGGAAAUUAUCAGAGGGAUUCGUCGGCGAAGAAGGAAAAGCAAUACUCCCCCAUUUAGCAAAAACUAGACCUAAUCUAGUUGAUAAUCACGUUGCAGCCCUUUUGGUAGCCUUUUUAAAGUCAGGUUUAUUAGAGACUUUGGUAGUGGUCAUUACGACCAGUAAGGAUGAAGUAUCUGUCCGAGCAACCAUUCUGUUGGGUCAAAUUUUACAUUUAGCUAAUUCCUUAUUACCUGUUGAAAUUGCUCAAUAUAGUCAUUGUUUACCAACACUUGUGAAAAUGACGUCAUCUCCAGACGUUGAUCCACAACAAAGGGACCGGGCCAAUAGGGCCGUUAAAUGUUUAGAUCGAUUACAUUCUAUGAAGAGACGGGGACCAGUUCCAUACAGCCUUUAUUUAGAUGCUAUUGUACAAAGAUCAUCUGAAGGAUACGAACAAAUGUAUAAGCCUUUGCACUUGAACACCGAAAAAUUGUUAUUUUGCGUAGAUAAAAAUGCUGAUCAUGACGUUAUUAGCCAAGCAAUAAGAGAAAGCGGUGUCUUGUCCUACAAGGAAGUGGUCAGUUGGAAUUGGCACAUAAUAUGUUCAAUUUUAAAAUGGCCAGAUGAGGAAUUGAGGAAAUUAGAGGAUGAAGCCAAUAAAAAGUUCAUAAGAAGGAUUGUUAAUUUUUUUAAACCAACCUCUCGCCAAUUUUCAACAAUCAGUUACUUUUACGAAGGGGGAAGAACGUUAGCUCUAGCCGGUUGUCAUUUAGUUGAUUUUCUAUUGGAUUGCGAUGAAUUGGAAGGUAGAAGAUUCGCUGAAGAUUGGUUAGACGAUAUUGCAGCUUGUAUCGAGGAGAUAAAAGUUCCCAGAGCAACUGCAAAUUUACUUUUUUCACCAGAUAAUGUUCGAAAAAAUUUAAGUCAAUAUUAUUUUCUAUUUAUUGGACGAUUUUCCGCAAGUUUAAAAGGAGAGAAAUUACUUAAAGAACAAGGAGUUUUUCAUUGUUUAUUGGAUUUAAUGACAAUUUCUCAGCACGAUACCUACGUUAAAUUAAUAGUUUCAACUCUCGAUUAUUCUAGAGAUGGCUUUACUAGAGUCAUUUUGUCCAGAGGAUUAACAGCUACAUCUGAAUCAGCAAGAUUAUAUAUAACAACAUUUAUGAGAGUUUUGCUAAGAGCACGUUCGCCAUUUUUUAGUAGUUGGGGUAUAGAGAAACUCGUUCAGCAAUUAUGCGAUCAAAGUAAACCAGUUGUUAUGGAGGCCCUUAGCGUUUUAAAUGAGGCUUGUGAAGAACAAGUGAACAUUAAUAAUCUUGUUUCUCAUAAACCAGCCGUGUUACAUUUAGGGGCCAAAGGAGAAUUACUGCUCGCAAGAUUUUUAUCUGUUCCUGCUGGCUUUCAAUAUCUUAGUGAAAUGAAUUACGUACAAAACGAACUAGAUAAAUGGCAUGCAAACUUCAACUUAAAGUAUGUUCAUAUCGUUGAAGAGUGUUUGAAUGAUGCUUUAAUGGUAUUUGAAAAGGGACCAGAUGGAACUUUCGCUAGGCGGAGCCAAAGAAGAAAGCCAAGAAUGGACGCGUACGUUCCCGUUCAUUUAUAUGGGGAAUUGGUUCAGCAUAAAGUGGGGUUUGACCUUUUGAAUAGACAAUCAUAUAUAAGAGACUAUUUUAGUGCUGUCAGAAGAGGUUGCGUUGAUAGUGAAGAUGAAAUACUUCGCUUAAAGGCAUCACUAUGGGUCGUUGGUCAUAUAUGCACGUCUGUCUGGGGUGUAAAUAUUGUUAAGACACAAGGAAGCGUUUCCGAUAUUGUAAGACUUGCAGAAGAAUGUCCCGUUUAUUCUGUUCGUGGAACUGCUUUCUAUGUUUUAGGUUUAGUUGGUUCAACUUCAAAAGGUGCCAUGCUAUUGCAAUUGGAAAAUUGGUUAACUGUAAGACAUAAGGGUUCAGAUGUUUGGCCCGUUGUCGAGAAACGGCCUAGAGCAAUUCUUGAAAGUCACGGCGAUGACCGUUCAGUUAGUAGUCUAAGUGUUUGCUCAGAGAAAUCUGGUAUAAGCGUUGAACAAACUCCAAUACCAAAUUUAGAAGAAAAGUUAGAAAAGAAGAGAACUGAGCGAGAUUCGGGCCAUGGAUCGUCUAAACCAGCUUCGUUUUAUUUGGAUACAGAGCAACACAGCCAUAGCGUUCCUGUGGAAGUUAAAAUAUUAGAAAGUUCUCCAACAACAGAGUUACCUAAUCGCGGUAGCGCUCCUGCAGCCCCUUCCCUAUCUCAUAAUACAUCAGGUUUUUCAUCUCAAGAUGAAUCGCCCAAUCUUUCUCCUCAGGCAUCCUUUAUUAAACAUAGAACAAAGAAAAAGAUUGUGCAUUCACCGGAAAACGAUGAAGAAGGCUAUGCAACAAUCCGUCAACUACGUCAAUUGCGUUCAUCGUUUGAUAUACAAGACUCUAAUUCGAGUUCACCUUUAUUCUGGGAUGAUAUGAACCCUUUGGUAUCUGACGUUCGAACAAAAAGAUUAAGUUCAGGAGGAUUACCGAGCGCUGCUGUUAGUGUUACUUCGUUUGAUAUAGACGUCCCUCAUAAUUAUUCGCAGACAACUCUUGAUACGAAUGUUAGAACCAAUUCCUCUACGACAUCCGGUAGGGCCGAAUAUAUUGGAAUCGCUCUACCAGCAGAGAUUAACCUGUUAUUGGAAAGUGACGACCCUCCGCGAAAUGAAGAAACACAUUAUCCUAAUGGAAAAACGAUUGCUGAUGCAUCAGCCGAAAUUCAUAAACAUCAAGAAAAAUUUUGCCUGGAAUGUUUAGGGGAGCCGAAGGAGGAUACAAUAUAUAAUAUAACAAAUUCAACUCAAAUGAAUGAAGAAACUCCUGAAGGACGAUUUUUAAUAAGGAAAGAGUGCUUACGAUUAAUUGUCAAUUUAAGUAGUUCCGUUGGUGCCAAAAAAGUUUCAGAACCGGGACUUUUACAAUUAAAACAAAAAUUUAAAUCAACGUUUGAGAAUGCUUGCUUAUUCUCUGAUGUUUGCUAUCUGUUGGCAAACUAUAAUUAUAGAAUAAAUGCUCGUCGUUUCAUACAAGAAUUAUUUCAAGAUGUAAAAUGUGACUUCCUCCUAAAACGGGCCCAGAAAAUUCUUGGUUUACACACCUCUGCACAAAGAUCUGAUUCGUUGUCUUCUAGAGAGUUUGUUCUGGUCGAAAAUAGAGAAGAAUCAAAUGUAUAA